CAGAAGUGAGAGUGAAUCGUUAACAGGACGUUCUACAAACGUCGCCGAAACUCUGAGAAAUGAAGCUGCUGGUAACACUAACAUUAUGCGCCGUUUGCUUGGACCUAAUCGCAGCAAAAUCUAAUUCCGCCAUCGACCAAGACAUUAAAAUCAAGUCAUCACCGAAGAUUAAUUCGCUGUCGACAACACCUAAACCUGACAAUCAAUUUUUGGCUCUGCAACAACAACAACAGCAACAAUACAGACAGCAAAUUUAUCCUCAACAGCCUGCCCCUCCACAAUAUCAGCAGAUACAGCCACAGCGACAAAUCCACGGUCAACAACAAAUAUUCGUCCAACCGACACAGAUCUACCAAUCCCAGGCGCAACAACUCCAGCAAGCUGCCUAUCAGUCCCAGUUACAGGCCCAACAGCAGCCACAGCUACAGCAGGUGUUCCAGAAGGCCUAUAUCGUCCCCCAGCAACAAAAUAGGCCCCCUGCAAUGAUUUUCUUUACCCAACCUACGUAUGUCCCUCAAAAUGUUUUGUAUACAGGGGCCCCAAAUCAACUUGUGAAUUAUAUCCAUGGCAGUCCCCAGGCAAGAUACCAGUUCCUUCAGGGAAAUAAUCAAGGACAGGCUCAACCAGUGGCUCAACAAACUCCUGCUCACACCAUAGGAAACUACCAAGUGGUCGCAGUCCCUGCUCAGUACCAGCAAAACCUGGUCGCCGUUCCCGCCCCUAUCCCUCAAGCCACCCACUUACCCCAAGCAGUAUCAAUACCCGUCCCUCAAGCACAAGCCCCGCCCCAACCUUCUCCCUUACAGCUAGCUCAAAUCGCUCACAUCGCCUCUCAACAGUAUUCCCGUAUCAACCCGUCCCAAUCCCAGCAACAAGUGGCUUCUUCCCAACCCUUCAGCUACCAGACCGAACCUCGAGCCCUCCAAGAAAACCCCCAAGCCGCAGGUCCCGUCAGGUCCAUCCCUCCGAUAAUAACUGGUUUUGAAAACUUCACUCCCGAGCAACAGGAGAAAAUUAAGGUCCAGCUCAGUGCCUAUUUCGGAGCGCCUCUACGACCUCUGCCGAACAGUGGGCUUCCUGCGAACUCUAUUCAAGGAGGUGAAGGUCAAGGAAAGGAGCGCAGUCAGUACAGUCAGGGACAGGAAUCUAGGUUGGGUGGUAACGAAUUUAUUCCAAGCCCAAGCGAACAGGUAAAGGGAGAUGCUAGUACCAGCAGUUCGAAUGUCUUCAAGUCUCACUAUGCAAGGGUUUAGUUUUAUGUUUUUAGGUUUUAAGGGAAUGACAAGGCUUAUAAGCUAGACUUUCAUAGAAAAAUUGUUAAGGUGUAGUGUCUAUAUUAGCUAAAGGUUUUAAUCUUGUAUCAAAUGCAACUCAGUAGGUACAUGUAUGAUUAUUAUGUUGCUGUCUGUACAUUCAAAGUGUGGAGAUUUGUUACUUUCAUCAGGUUUUGAAGCUUCUUCACCA